AUGUUCUCUUUGGAUCUACAGGGAACAAGUGCAGAACAGGAUAAUCGAUUCAGCAACAAGCAGAAGAAGCUUUUGAAGCAGCUAAAAUUUGCAGAAUGCCUAGAAAAAAAGAUUGAACAAGAAAAGUUUUCUUCUUUUAAAAGACAAGAUGAUGAUAAAGAUGAUCGAGAUAAAAAGGGACGAUCCAGAAGCCCAAGAAGAAGAAAGUCUAGGUCCUCCUCGCCUCGCAGACGGUCUUCCUCACCUCGCAGACGGUCCUCCUCACCUCGCAGACGAUCACCAGGCAGGAGAGAGAGAAAGCGAAGCCAUUCUCGCUCUCCACGACACAAGACAAAAAGCCGCAGCCCUAGUCCUGUAAUUUUGAACAAAGAGCCUGAUAUACCAGAGCCUGAGCAAUCAAUUACAGCAAGGGAGCCUUCUGUGCAAGAAGCAACAUCAACAAGUGACAUUGUAAAGUCCUCCAUCCCAGAUCCCAUUCCAGAGAUCAAGGAUCCUUCCCCAGAGCAAAAUGUGCGCAAGGUUAAAGAGAAGGAGCGGCAUAGACACAGAUCCCAUUCACACUCAAAAUCAAAGUCCAAAUCUCGUUCUCCUUCCCAUUCCAGACCCAGGAGACGCCACAGAUCACGGUCAAGGUCCUAUAGCCCCAGGAGAAGGCAUAGCCCAAGACGAAGGCCAUCCCCUCGAAGGAGAACACCCCCACGUCGCAUGCCUCCACCACCAAGGCACAAAAGAAGCAGGAGUCCUGUGAGGAGGAGGAGACGAUCCUCAGCCUCUUUGUCUGGAAGUAGCUCCUCUUCGUCAUCUUCUCGAUCACCUCCUCCCCCAAAGAAACAGCUUAAGCGUAUCUCCUCCAGCCCACCCCGCAAACCUAGGCGUUCUCCCUCUAUUAGUCCCCCAAGAAGAAGAUAUAGACCAUCUCCUCCACCAAGCCCACCUCCAAAGAGACGAUCUCCUUCACCACAGCAAUCCUUCCGCUCCAGAAAGAGCAGAGGUUCAGCCUCUCCUGGCAGGUCUUCAGCACCAAAACACAGAAUCACAGAUAAGAGAAAAACCCCUUCGCCACCUCCAAAACCCAGAAAAAGGGAUUUAUCGGAUUCUGAAGAUGAUGAUAAAGGUGGAAAAAUGGGAACGCUGGAUUCUGUGCAACAGAGGCGACAAUACAGAAGGCAAAAUCAGCAGUCCUCUUCAGAUUCUGGAUCAUCAUCAUCUUCUGAGGAUGAAAGACCAAAACGAACUGUGAAGAAUGGUGAAGUAGGGAGACGCAGGCGGCAUUCUGGCUCUCGAAGUCUUUCCCCUUCUAGAAAACGGCCUAAGGAUUCUCCUCCGCGGAUGCAGACUGGGAAAAGGUGGCAAUCACCUCUUAAAAGUGAUUCACCAAGCCCACCACCUGCUAGAAGAGUAUCUUCCUCCAGAUCUGCAUCAGGAUCCCCAGAGCCAGAACCCAAAAAUGAAAGAUCUCCCUCGCCAGUACGGUCACGCUCCCAGUCUGUCAACUGGUCUCCUGCUCCCCCAGCUGUUAAGAAAGCCAAGAGCACUACUCCAAGCCCUUCUCCUGCUCAGACUUCAGACCAGGAUGGUGGAGGUAAAAAGAAGAAGAAAAAGAAAGAUAAGAAACACAAGAAGGAAAAGAAGCACAAGAAACACAAAAAACAUAAGAAGGAGAAAGCGUCUGCUGUUUCACCAUCCGAAAGAAGAGAGCAGGAUGUAGACACAGACACAAAAAAGGAGACUGAAAGUGACGGCGAGGGAAAUCUGGACGAUUUGGAGAAGCAUUUGCGAGAGAAGGCGCUUCGCUCCAUGAGAAAAGCACAGGUCUCCCCUCAGUCGUAGUCCUUUCCGGUUCCUGUUUGAUAAUAAUGUAAAAAUGUUUCCUCUUUUUGUCUUCGAAACAAAAUUCCUCAUCAGAUGUGUUUAAGACAUUUAAAAUAUACCAAUUGUUGUAUUAACCUGUUUUGGUUUCUGCCAUGUAAUCAGAAAAAAAAGUAUGACACAGCAGUUGUCAAAUUUUUGCCUCUGUGGCAAGUUGCAUCAUCUGUAAUGUGUUUUCUGCCUCGGCGUUCUUGGGGGUAACGGCAAUUAUUUUUUUAUUUGUAUCUAAAAUUCCAUGAACAUGCCAUGGAUUUCCCUUGUUUAAUAAAAUGUACAUACUUUAAUUUUGUUUUCAUUACUUCAGUAUAUAAAGGGGGAAGGUCUUAUGUGGGCACCAUUACUGUACUGCUAACAGAGAGCCUUUAAUAAUAAUGGUUUUGUGGACGUAUUGUUUUAAUGUUACCGUUUUGCAAAUACACGUUUAUAAACUUGAUUAUUGAUAAAGGUCAUUGCAAAUCAUUACCUGCUGGAUAUAAUAUAUGCAGCAAAAUGUGUUUCCCAAAAUACUUCAGGUUGUUUCAUUAAGGACUUGAAUUGUAACACUGAAAUGUCAUUCUUAUUUUAUUAAAAUUUUUUGUAAGGGGUGUGUUCCCACCCUAGUUCCUAAAGUUGCAUAUAUAUAUUUUUUCUGACUCUUGUGACGCGGACAUUUUCUUUUUUCCCAAUUAUCAAGCUGUUCUAUUAAUGCCCUGGAAUUCUAAAACAUUAAGAAUCUGACACUUGUGGAUUAAACAAAUGUAAAUUUCUACAUUUAAA